AUGUCAACCUCCUCCGAAACACCCCCCGACACCAUUAUGGUCUCCGACCCGGGUACAGACCGGCUCCCGGAUGAGCAGCAGGUUACCAUCGAUACGCCCGCGGGCGGAAACUCGAGCGUGCCCAAGCCGAAGCGCUUAGCUUGCAUGAUCUGCCGCAAGCGCAAGCUCAAGUGUGACGGCAUCAAGCCUAGCUGCAGUACCUGCUCGCGCCUGGGGCACACGUGCGCCUACGACGAGGUACGGCGCAAGAGCGGGCCUAAGAGAGGUUAUGUGAAGGCGUUGGAGGAGCGGCUGAAGCAGGUUGAAACACUCCUCAAAACCCAGGAGAUCUCGAGUUCCGAUGCAGCCAAGGGCAUCUCAAUGCCCCUCGACGGGAGCGCGAAGGCUCCGCCGAUAAACCAACGCGCCGCCGCGACGGCCAACUUCAACGUCACAGACCCCUCCAUUGCGGUAGCCAGCAGCCGGGAUAUGGACCGCUGGCAGUUCAACUCGGAUUCGCCCAACAACCCGCCACUGGACGAUUUCAAUUUUAACAGUAGUAUGGGCAUGGGCAUGGGCGGCGUUGACAAUAACUUCACCUGGGAAAUGAUUGGGUUGGGUCUGGAAGAGCCGUUGCCGUCACAGGAGACGAUCGAUGAGCUGCAUCACAUCUACUUCGAGAAGAUUCAUCCCUCGGUACCCAUGAUUCAUAAAUUCCGCUACCUAGCGGCGAUGAAUCUUGCUCCCGCUCAGCGACCCCCAGUCUGCCUUCGCUACGCCAUGUGGACGCUGGCUUGCUCGGUGUCAGACAAGUUUCACACCCUGAAGGACCUGUUUUACGCGCGCGCGCGCAAAUAUCUCGAGUCCGAUUACAUGAAAGGCUAUGGCGAGCACAUGAUCUCAGUCGCCCACGCCCAAACGCAUGUGCUACUAGCCUCGUACGAAUUCAAGUGGAUGUACUUCCCCAGGGCGUGGAUAAGCACCGGCUCAGGGGUGCGGUUAUCUCAGAUGAUUGGCCUUCACCGGCUUGACGGCACGGGGCUAGAUGUCAAGCAGUGUUUGCCACCACCGCGCGAUUGGACCGAGAGAGAGGAGCGGAGGAGGACAUUUUGGAUGGCCUUUUGCCUCGAUCGCUUCGCCAGCAUCGGCACCGGGUGGCCUGUUACCGUCGACGAGAAAGACAUCCUCACCAAUCUACCCGCCUCCGACGACGCCUUCGACUUGAGCCGGCCCGAGCAGACUCCUACGCUCCAGGACGCUAUGAGCCCCGCAGGUGCCGGCAAGAUCUCUUCGUUCGCCGGUGUGGUGCUCAUGGCCUGCUUGUUUGGCCGCAACCUUGUUCACUUGCACCGCCCGGACGUCGACGACCGAGACCACGACCUGAAUGGCGAGUUUUGGAAGCGCCACCGGCAGAUGGACAACAUCCUGCUCAACACGUCGCUGUGUUUACCGUCGCACCUCAAGCUGCCAGCAGGCCUUGGUAACGCUAAUGUUGUCUUCACCAACAUGUGCAUUCAUACCUCUACCAUUUGCUUGCACCAAGCAGCCAUUUUCAAGGCUGAUAAGAACCGGCUGCCGGCCUCGGUGAGCUCCGAGAGCAAAGUGCGCUGUAUCACGGCCGCCAACGAGAUUGCGAGCAUCAUGAGAAUGGUCUCGCAUCUCGACCUAUCCGCGAUGAACCCGUUCAUUUCCUUCUGUCUCUACGUUUCGGCCCGGGUGUUUGUUCAGUAUCUCAAGAGCCGACCAGACGACAGCCAGACCGCGGAUUCGCUGCGGUUCCUUUUGUCGGCCAUGAAUGCCCUGAAAAGACGGAACCCCCUCACCGAGUCUUUCCUAGUACAGCUCGACGUCGACCUAGAGGCUCUAGGCGCGCGUAUCCCCAAGUUAAGGAGUGCUUUUCCUCGGAGUAGCGAUGCCGUGGGCGGUGAUGAUGGCAACCCCGUAACUGCACCUGACAUCAUCGACAUGGACCCCAACGCCUGCCCCCCCAACUUCUCGCCCUCUCAACAGCCCACAAGCCUCCCAACCCGCGACCGCGGCCAACCGUCCUACCUAUCUUCUUCGCACCACAAUAGCGGCAUCUUGCACCCGGGCACCUUUUCCUCCUACGCCGCUGCCCCGCAGGACGUCGACACAGGAAGCACCAACGACCUCUCAGGCACGUCUCCGGAUAUAAACAGCCGCACGCCCAACUCCAGCACAACCGGCACAACCUCGGAUGCCCACCAUCACCAACACCAACAUCAUCAACGCCAAAACCUUGCGGCGCCGGGCACCGGCCAUGUCGGUAGCGGGUCAGGACGAAACUCGUUUGAAGCCAGCCCGGUCCCGGCGCACCAAAACCUGAACGGCGGCCCCAAUGCCGCCACAGGAACAGCAGCCACAGCGGGCGGCCCUACUGACCCUUACUUCAACCACACCCGGCCCGACCACCCCACGACCUACGGCCUACCGGACACACACCGAUUUGGCAUGGCCACCGGCGGCCGCGAUGGAUCAGGUGUGAGUAGCGGCGGGAGUGUUCCUGGGAACAGCGGUGGUGGUGGAAACUCGGCUGCCGCUGCUGCGGCCGUUGCAGCUGCGGCGUGGGUGGAUAUGUCGGGCCAACAAGGUGGGAUGGAACCCGUGGCUGAUGGAGUGUUGAGGUCGAUCAUGGUGAUGGGGCCGAUGGACGGGAUGGAGAUGGGAUGGGAGCCCAGUUAG